GGUCUGUUCACAUGUGUAUUGUAUACGUGUACUGUAAACCAAGCUUACAUAAGCAUGACUAUAGAGGGGUUAUUGAAGCGUUUAUAAACGGGUAUUUACACUGAACACGUUUGUGUACAUGUGUUGGUUAGGCACAGCACAGUUCGGACGAUAUGUGUAUUGUGUGAUCAGGGAGGCUUCAAAGUGAAGGGUACAUCACGGAAGAACAUGAAAUAUCAGCUAUAAACAAGUGAACACACACAAUUUUCGAUAUUGUAUCUUACACAGCUGGAUUAACAAAUUAAAUAUGGCCAUGAAUGGAACCAGCAGAAAUAUGACUGGAGAGAAAUCAAGUAAUCAUUAUGAUAAAGUGGAAAAGAAACCCUUCAUCAUUACAAGGAUGUUAAACAAGAUCACAUCUUCAAUGGAAAAUGGAUUUUAUAUGCUUGGAAUGCUGAUUGGAAAUCAUCCGUUGAAAAGUGUACUACUGAGUGGUUUCGUGGUGGGAAUAUUUGCACUCGGUGUGUUAAACUUCACAGAAGACACAGACUCCGACACUCUCUGGGUUCCAUCUGAUGCAGAAGUAUUCCAGGACAAAACGUGGGUCUCGGCCAACUUUCCCAGUACUCUUCGCACCGUCAGUGUGAUAUUUGUUUCGAGUAACGUCUUAAGUACAUCAGCAGUUCAAGCAAUGAACACCCUCUACAAAAGCAGUCUUGGAUUGACAACAUCUUCAGGAAAAAACUACACAGAUGUUUGUUUCAAGUCUGGCUCCAACUGUUUGGUGAACAGCGUCCUUGAACUUUGGAGCUACAAUGAUGCCAAUAUAGUUGCGGCUAGCGCAACUGACAUCCUCAAUACGAUAAACACCGCCACUGUUAGUCCUCUGUAUGGUCGGCCGUUUGAUGUGACAACCGUGUUGGGGAGUAUAUCCUACAGUAGUGGCACCACGGUCAGCGCUGCUGAAGCGGCCAAAAUAACCUUCUUUCUAAAUGGAGAUAGUACAAACAAAGAUGAAUCUAUGGCCUGGGAAACCAAGAUGGUAGACCUGGUGCAGAAUACACAGAACAGUGCUAUCUCCGAUUACUAUGUCCUGGCCACUAGGAGUUUUUCAGAUGUAGCCAGUGAUGCAAUAGGUGGGGACAUAUCUUUACUCAGCGCUGGCUACAUGAUAGUAAUAAUUUACAUCAUCAUCAUCCUUGGCAGAUUCAACUGUCUUGAUUUCGGGCUGGGUAUUGCAGUGUGUGGAAUUCUGGUGAUAGGGUUGUCGUUGGGAUUUUCAUACGGACUUGCAUCUGCUGCUGGCUGGAAGUACACUCCACUGCAUUCCAUUCUUCCUUUCCUCCUACUGGGUAUAGGUGUGGAUGAUCUGUUUGUGAUCAUGGGUGCCUACAAAAGUCUGCCGAUUGGGUAUCUGGACAGACCCAUUCAUGAGCGAAUGGCAAUGACCCUGAAGCAUGCGGGAGUGUCCAUCACUGUCACAUCCCUCACUGACAUGUGUGCUUUCGGAAUAGGUGCCACGACAGUACUGCCAGCACUGCGAUCGUUCUGUGUGUUCUGCUGCUUGGGUAUACUGGCGCUGUUUCUGAUGGCGGCCACCUUCUUCGUCGGCUGUAUUGCUCUUACAGCUAAGAGACGUGACGCUGACAGAAAUUCGUUGGUAUGCUGCUACCGACACAAUGCAGACUAUCGGCCGAACGAAUGCAGUAAAACAGAGCUCUUUGUCGCAGCAAUUAAGAAGUUUUACGCACCAACUUUGAUGCGUCUACCUGUGAAGAUAGCUGCUAUGGUUGUGACCGCUAUCUUCCUUGGAUUUGGUAUUUGGGGGUUUGUGGUGCUGAAGCAAGACUACAACCCCAUCUGGUUCAUUCCCUCCGACUCCUAUCCCUACAAGUAUGACGGUGCUAGUAACAAGUACUUCAACACGGGUGCUCAGGCCUCCGCCUACUGCAAAAACAUUGAUUACUUCUCAAGUAAGACCCAGUUCGAUUCCCUGUACACCCAGCUGACAGGUAGCAGCUACAUAUCCACUGGGUCAACAGACAGCUGGUUCAAGUCCUUCACUGACUGGCUCAGUACCACCAGUACUGCCUCCGUCACCUCCAGGUUGGAUGGCUCUAAAUACCCAACUACCUCGACAAACUUUUAUGAUCUGCUGUACGAGUUUGUGACGACGGAGGCGACAGGGCUGCGUCACAGAAGUGAGGUAGUGUUCACCAACAACUCCGGAGUCCUUGGCGUGUCCGCAUCCUACAUAAAAUUCACGCACAUAGUUUUAACCGACUCCACAAGUAAGAUCAACGCUAUGGAGAAUACCAUGAGUAUUGUGUCCGACCUCUUCUCCGACGACAACUGUUUCGCCUAUGGCAGACUGUAUUUACAGUGGUACACAAACAAGGUUAUCCAGACCGAGUUAUACAGGAACCUGGGACUAGCUGCCCUCUGUGUGUUUGUAGUCUGCCUCAUCCUCAUAGCCAACCUCUUCACAAGCCUUAUGGUCCUUUCCUGUGUCAUCUUCACGCUGCUGGAUGUCGGUGGGAUGAUGAACUUCUGGGGACUGACCAUUGACACAGUGACCAGUAUCAUCCUAAUCCUGGCCAUUGGUCUGGCAGUAGAUUACUCCGCUCAUAUUGGCCAUUGUUUUAUGACAUUUACUGGGGACAGAAAUGCUCGCGUUCGUGCCACCCUUGUUGAGAUGGGAAGCCCAGUGUUCAGCGGGGCUUUCAGUACGUUCCUGGCAUUCAUCCUCCUAGCCUUCAGCAAUAGCUACGUGUUUACCACAUUUUUCAAGGUGUUUCUGCUGGUAGCAGUGUUUGGGGUGUUCCACGGAUUAGUGUACCUACCCGUGCUCCUCAGCUGGAUAGGACCCUUGCCAUACAUGACUGCCGAACGCGGGGAGAGUGGAGCAGGGGAGGUGGAACUGAGAAUCACAUCAGCUGACCUCAACCAUAAAUCACGCUCAUCGUUACAAGGAGAAACUAAUCUAGCAAUGGAAAAUAAGCAUGAUCUCCAAUUUUCCAAACCACCUGUGAAGAGUCAUGUUAAUGGACGAGGCAAGGAUAGGGGUGUGGAGCCACCACCUGACUACAACCCAGAGGUGGUGCAACGACCCACAAACAUGCCAGUUACCGCCAUCCCAAUGAACUAUCACAGACACGAUCAUAUUUCAGACAUUCCGCCAAUGCACCCCUAUCGUGGACGCGAGAGAUUUCUAAAUCGGCAAUGGCAGUAUCGUCCCCAGGACGAGUACAGCUAUUGGUAUUAUACCAAUUAUCCUUACUCUCCUGAUUAUUAUAACCAGUAUUAUUAUAACAACCAAUAUUAUUAACAUUGAUUGUACCAUAGGGUUUUUAUCUACUUUUACAUGGAUUAGGGAAGCAAGAAAAUAUCUAAUAUGCUGAGAAUUAAAAUUUGAUAAAAAAAAAAGCAGUGAACUGGUAUGUCUGUGCUAUGUAACCAGGUCUAUAUUACUUUCAGUUCAUUACUAUCAUUUUCUACAAAAUACUUGGCUUGUACAUGCACAUCAAUAUUUCUGACUGAUCUGAUUUUAGUAUUUGUAAUCCAGAAUAUCUAUAAAUAACCAGUUUUGCAUCCAUCAAUUGUGACAUCAUGUCCCUAUUGUAAUUAUAAGUUAUUGUUUUAUGUUUGCCUUUUUUCAUUAUCCAAUGAAAUACCUUGUUACAUCACAAAUUAUUAGAAUAAUGAUUUGUUCAAGGUUUUUGAUUUCAUUUCAAUGACAAUCUACCUAACCCAUCCUAGCAUGCACCACCCUUCAAGUAACUGCACAAUGUAUUUUGUAUCAAACUAAUAUUUGUUCUAUUUUCCUAAUCAGGAAAAUAGAUGGGAUUCGGAAAAUUCUGCAAUCAAAAAGGUGGAAAAUGUCAUUCUUGUCAGUUAGUUGUACAAUGUAAUAUGUAUGAAUUAUAUUGCUUUAAUUGCGUCCAGAAUGUUUUACUAUGUACAACAUACGCAACAUCUACAGAUAACAAUAGCUAGUUUAUACACUUCUUUGAUUGUUAUCCCCGAUAGGCAUUUCUCUGUAAACCUAUUUAUGACAGGUGUGUAUAUAUAUAUAUAUAUGCGUGUGGUGCUCAUGGUUAACGACAUGUACUUAGCAGGGCCUUUCCUGACAAGUUCAUGUUCUAGUUAUGCCUGUCAUGAAGUUUUUUAAAUGUAUCA